AUGUAUUGUCUACAAUUAUUAAUACCAGUUUUGCUGAUACCAAAACCAGUUAAUCCAGCAUUAAUACAAACACAUGUUAUGUUUAUGGUUUUAUAUUUAAUUGGAUUUUUUCUUGAAAGAAAACCAUGUAUAAUAUGUUCCAUGGUUUUUCUUGCUGCUGUUUUUCUAAUUUGCUACAGUGGAGUUGGAAAUUGUUUAUUUUGGAGCAACAAUUGCGUUUAA